GUGUUUGCUGAGACAACGUCUGCGUGCAGCACGCUGAGCAGAAGGCACCGCCUCAGUGAGGCCACAAAUCACGUGACCACCGAGGCCUGGCCCGAGCCUGAUGAGCCCAACAAAACACGAGCGGAUGCAGUCAUAACAGCAGACAGAGAGGUCAUUCCCAGAGGUUUCAUUCUGCUGCACAAAUCACGUCAAAAUGAACAGCAGUACUCUUCAGGUCAAUGUGGAACACUGGAUUGCAGAAAAUCAGAAUGCAUUCCUGCCCCCAGUGUGCAACAAACUCAUGCACUUCUCCCAGCUGCUUGUCAUGUUUGUCGGAGGCCCUAACACCAGGAAGGAUUAUCACAUAGAGGAAGGGGAGGAGUUAUUCUACCAGUUGAAGGGGGACAUGUGUCUGAAGGUGAUUGAAAAUGGUAAACACAAGGAUGUACACAUCAAAGAGGGAGAGAUGUUUCUGCUGCCAGCUCGGAUCCCUCACUCCCCCCAGAGACAGGCUAACACCGUGGGCUUGGUGAUGGAAAGGAGAAGACUGCUCACUGAAACCGACUGCCUGAGGUACUAUGUAGACAACACCACUAACAUCCUAUUUGAAAAAUGGUUCUACUGUCAGGAUCUAGGAACCCAGCUGGUGCCAAUAAUCAAGGAGUUCAUGGCAUCCAAGCAGUGCAAAACGGGGAAACCUGAUCCAAAUGAAGUCUUCAGGGAACCUCCGUUCCAGCUGAACAUCAUGAAUGUGAUGACGCCCUUCUCCUUCAAAGACUGGCUGGAAAAACAGAGGCCAUCUUUGGGGAAUGGCAGGCCCAUCGACAUGUUCGGAGCUCAGUUUGAGACUGAGGCGAUGGUGUUCGGACCUGGACUCACAGAGAUGACAACACCCCAAACUGAUGUGUGGGUUUGGCAGUUGGAGGGAUCUUCUACAGUGACUAUGAAUGAGCAGGAGUUCAGUCUCUCUGCAGGAGACAGUUUGCUCAUUCCCGAGCAGAGCCAAUACCAGUGGCAGAGAGCUGAGGGGACUGUCGCCUUGGUUGUGAUCCAAAACCCAGAGAGGAAGAGACCUUAAGCAUCAACCGUCAAAUCACACCUGCAUUGAAACAUAUGCUGGGAGAGGAGCUCGAAUUAUUUAAAUGAGCUCGAAAAACUGAAAGUAUUUUAUGUAUAAAACAAAUACAGUAAGUAGCAUAGACCAUGUAGUAAGGGUAGACAGUAGACAGUAGUAAUGAACAAUGAUGAUGCUAUAUUCUUGCAUUCAUCAAUCACUACAUGUAAUUUUAUGUGAGAGUGAAAUGCAUAUAUAAAAACAUGCAGUCUGAGCAUUUGCCCUUUCCUUGUAAGCUGGCUGUCACUCAUAAACUGCAUUUCUAGUGUCUGUAAUGACUUAAAAACACAAGUUUCAACAGGUAUCAGAAACACAACGUUGUUGUCAGAUGAACUUUUCCAACGAACUGCUUCAUAGCCACCUACACAUUUUGUGUAGUUGCUUACAAAACUGACAUGUAGAACCUGUUGCUGUUUCAUAAA